AUGGGAUAUAUGGGAUAUAUGGGAUAUAUGAGAUAUAUGGUACAUAUGGGAUAUAUGGGAUAUAUAGGAUAUAUGGGAUAUAUGGGAUAUAUGGGAUAUAUGGGAUAUAUGGGAUAUAUGGGAUAUAUGGGAUAUAUGGGAUAUAUGGGAUAUAUGGGAUAUAUGGGAUAUAUGGGAUAUAUGGGAUAUAUGGGAUAUAUGGGAUAUAUGGGAUAUAUGGGAUAUAUGGGAUAUAUGGGAUAUAUCGGAUAUAUGGGAUAUAUGGGAUAUAUGGGAUAUAUGGGAUAUAUGGGAUAUAUGGGAUAUAUGGGAUAUAUGGGAUAUAUGGGAUAUAUGGGAUAUAUGGGAUAUAUGGGAUAUAUGGGAUAUAUGGGAUAUAUGGGAUAUAUGGGAUAUAUGGGAUAUAUGGGAUAUAUGGGAUAUAUGGGAUAUAUGGGAUAUAUGUGA